AUGGCGAGGUUCCAGUUGGACCGGGUCAAAGUGAGCUGGACAGCUAUUUUGACUGUGGCCCACUUCACAUACCUGCUGGUCGGGGCCACGAUCUUCCAGAUAAUGGAGCGAGAGGCUGAGAGCAACAACCGCAACCACUUCCAACUGGAGAAGCUGCAUUUCUUGGCUAAUUACACCUGCCUGGAUGGACCAGCCUUGGAGAAGUUUGUUCAGGUGAUUUUGGAUGCCUGGGAAAAGGGAGUGAACCCCUCAGGCAACUCAACAAACCCCAGUAACUGGGAUUUUAGUAGCUCCUUCUUUUUUGCUGGCACAGUAGUCACAACUAUAGGCUAUGGCAACCUCUCCCCUAGCACUGUGUCUGGUCAGGUGUUUUGCGUGUUUUACGCACUCUGUGGGAUCCCACUGAACCUAGCCUUCCUCAAACAGCUCGGGAAGUGUCUCAUCAUCCACCUGGGUCGACUCAAGAGGGGGAUGGUCUCAGUUGUUCCUCACAAGCAAACGGUUGAGGCUCUGGCAGUGAGUUUAUUCUUCGUCAGUGGCAGCCUGCUGUUCUUGGUCAUCCCUCCUCUGCUGUUCAGUUAUGUGGAAGGCUGGACGUUUGGCGAGGGCUUCUAUUUCGCCUUCAUUACUCUCAGCACCAUUGGUUUUGGAGAUUAUGUGGUGGGGACUGACCCGGGCAAGGAGUACAUCUCUCUGUACCGAAGCCUUGCAGGCAUAUGGAUCAUUUUCGCCCUGGCUUGGCUUGCUCUUAUCCUCAACAUGGGAGCCAGAAUAAUGGAGACUGUGGUUGUGCUUACUCACCCAGGCUUUAAGAAACAGGAAGAGGAAGAGGACGUGUCACCCACUAAACUAGAGGACACAUCAAAGAUCUGA